AUGCGAAGAAUUCAAAAUCUUGCCCUCAGUAUCGAGCAAUCUAAGCUGAUAUUGGGCACGUUUGCCCAGUAUCAAGGAGGUAGAGAAGCUAUAACUGAGAUGCGUGGAACAUCAAGGGGGCCCGACAGUGAAGAAAGAAGUAGCAAUAGAGAACCCAGUUCUAGGGCAGCAGGUGGGCCAAGGAAGACAGAUGGAACGCAAGGUAGCUGUCGUGUUCUGACAGAAAGCAGGAAGUGUUACAACCGCUCGAAAUAUGGACACGUCGUGCGGGAGUGCCCGUUGCGCGUAGCCAGAGUGAGCCACAUUGAGCCCAAACACGAAGCACCUACCGAAAAGGAUGAGACGCUGUCAUCUCGCGUUAAUCGUACCAGAUGCUUGGGAAUGGCAGUAAAAGAGAAUGGAUCAUCAGCAAACGAUCUCAUUAGGGAUCGGGUUAUGGUGCCCCUUCACGUAUUGGGUGAGAAGUUUCAGGCAUUGAUCGACACGGGAUCAAUGAUAAGCAUUGUCCCAGUGCAGAUAUUGGCCAAAAUCCAAGACAGAGGGUUUGACCUGGAUUCCUUGAUAAUGGUGCCUAAGUCCAAGCUUAAGCCAGUUUUCGAUGCAUCGGAUAAUAGGAUGGAUUUCCUUGCGGCUAGCAAGGAGCGACUAAGGAGGUGGCGUUCCAUAUUAGUCCAAAGAAGGAAACUGAGACAAUACUGGGAACCAAUGCGCUCGCUCGGUAUAAACAUUGCCAUUGAGAAAGAAAGGGUUAUAUCACCCAAAGAAGCAAAGCAAAAUAAUGUUAUGACGCUAUGUCCCACCUGGAGAUACGGCACUACUAGAAGUGGUAUGUCGGGGGAAAGAGAUGGCGAAGUGGAAAGGGUAAUACGGCCAUGUAAGCAAGGCGUAGCUGCGGGAGUUUUCACCAUUAAGGACCAGAGAACAACAAUUCCCGUAGUUAGCAAGAGUUCUAAACCCUUACUCCUCAAAGAGGGUGAAGAUAUUGGACAUUGGGGUACGGACAAGUGGCUUGAACGAUGGGAAGAUGCAAACCCGCUAAUGGUGAACGACGAGAAAGAAGCGAAGCUCACGGCAUCUGAGAGAGAGAGUCUUGCAUCGAUCGACACGGGAUCAGUGAGAAUCAUUGUCCCAGUGCAGAUAUUGGCCAAAAUCCAUGACAGAGGGUUUGACCUGGAUUCCUUGAUAAUGGUGCCUAAGUCCAAGCUUAAGCCAGUUUUCGAUGCAUCGGAUAAUAAGGAUGGAUUUCCUUGCGGCUGUAUACAUACCAGUCAAAUUAGAGCAAGGAGCGACUAA